CGACUGAUUCGUUUGUGGUUUGUGAUCACGCGAAUUGUGUGUAUAGUUGUGUUGUGGUUAUGUUAAACCGUUAAACUCAGUCAGCCAGUGCGAAUAACGGAAAAAUACGAUCAAGUCACGAGAAGUUUUUCUUUAUCUCGCAAUAUCUGCAUUUCGUGACAAUUUAUGUAUUAUUAAUUAACGAACUCCUAAUCCAAAUUGACUUAAAACGCUUUCAACACAAAUUCAUUAACGAAAACGAAACAAAAACACAUAAUGGUUGCUACCUGGGAAGAUUUUUACGCGAAAAACCCACCGCCUACGGAUUUUGAAAAAUCUGAAACCCUUAUGAAAGAAUUUACGCUACAUCAUGCAAAAAAAAACACUAAAGUUGUUCUAAUUACGAGUGGGGGAACGACGAUACCGCUGGAACGCAAUACGGUUCGUUAUGUUGAUAAUUUUAGUGCAGGUACCAGGGGCUCCAUAUCAGCUGAACAAUUUUUAGAAUUUGGAUACGCUGUUAUAUUUAUUUACAGAAUAAAGUCGCUCGAGCCUUUCUCCAGACAUUUUACAGGCCAGAAACUUCUUGAAAUGCUUGAACCAACUGAAGUCAACCAUAAAAAAACAUUGUCAGUGAGGUCGGAAUAUUCGGAUAAAAUAUGCAAUGUGUUUGCAAAGUAUAAAGAGGCAAUAAAUGAGAAAAAAUUACUCCAGAUCGGUUUUACCACACUUUCUGAAUAUCUCUGGCUUUUACGAUCAGCUUGUCAAGCUCUGGCUCCUAUAAAACAAAUGGCAAUUUUGUAUUUGGCUGCUGCUGUCUCCGACUUCUAUGUGCCAGUUGAUGAAAUGUCACUCCAUAAGAUUCCAUCGAACGGUCCACCAACGAUAUCUUUACAUUUGGCGCCAAAGAUAUUAACUCCUUUGGUGAGUUUGUGGGUGCCAAAAGCAUUCGUAGUAUCUUUCAAACUGGAGACCGACGAGAAACUUUUGAUCUUGAAGGCGAGAAACGCACUCAUCAAUUACAAACACAAUCUUGUCAUAGCCAACAUGCUUCAAAAUCGUAAACAACAAGUCACAAUAGUAGACGGCGAAAAAGAUUACGUAAUAUCGCUUACGGACGAACAAUUGAACAAGGGUGAAGAAAUUGAGAAAUAUAUCGUAAUCGAUUUAGCAGAAAAACAUUCGAAUUUCAUUAGAAUGGCACAAGAGCAGACGUAAUUGUUGGAAUUUUUAAAAUACCAUUCAAUAACUUGUUAAAAGAUUUUAUGACACUGAUUGGAUCACGGGGACAUGAGAAAAGCUUUUUAAUGUUCAGUACGCAUUUUGUAUCAAUAAUUUUAAUAUUAUAUGAUUAUGUAUAUAUAAACACUUUGUACAAGAUAUUAAUUUCAAGAACAUAUGGAACUUUUAAUCUCAUA